AUGCCUGACCCGGUCGUGACCAUCCUGCGCUUCCUCUACUUCUACGGCCGAGUUGUGGGAGUGGUGAACUUCGAGGUGGACUGGCGGACAGGAGAGGCGAAGGCCACCCGGCGGGCCACGAUCUUUGCGGCGUUCCAAAACGUCGGAGUAACUCUUCUUAUAUUUUACCUCAACAUCCGCAGCGGAACAGUGCGGUCGUCCUGGACCGAAGCCCGGCUCAUGCACGAGUACUUCUUCCUGAUGAUGACCUUGGUCCGAACCCUAGCCGUUCUGCUGGCUCUGGCCAGCAGGUGGUGGCAGCGCCGCAGGAUUCUCCGGCUCUGGAAUAAACUGAUUCAAAUGAUCCGCAAUAGACCUGAGGUUGUACGAGUAAGUCGCAGGGGCAUCCUGGUGAAGUUUGCAUUGGCCUUCAUGGCCGACACGCUGCACUCCGUUUUGGAUCACAGUGCCCAGCGAAAAAAGAUCACAUCCGACAUGGCCUUGAACCUAUUCGUCCUGUACGCCUUCACCACAAUGUUCAACGUUAUCGCGGGGCAGUAUUACCUGGCCAUUCUCCAGAUCCAGGGGCACCACAUGUUUCUGCGAAAGGAGCUGAAGGACCUGAUGCGGGAAGCUGAAUCGGUUUGCCGGAUUCGCAAUCGUCGGGGCGGGGUUUUUGCCACAAAAUGUUGCUCCCUGGCCGACCAAGUGGAUAUGUUGGCCGAGAAGCACUCGGAAGUGCACAGUACGUGCCAGGAUAUGUCGGAAGUUUUCCAGAUCCAGAGCCUCAGCAUGACCCUGGUCUACUAUCUCUCCGCCAUGGCCACGAUAUACUACUCAUUCUGCUCUUUUUUUUACAAGAACACCGGGUUGUGCUCAUCGUACUGGUGCCUGCUUCUGCUCCUCACAUACUCCGCCUUCUACUACUUGGAUAGCUUCGUGACCAUUAAUAUUUCGUUUGUGAUCAACGAUCAGUGCGGGGAAAUGGCCACAAUGUUGGCAGAUCGGGCAGUGUUCAGUCAGGCGCUGGAUCAACGUCUGGAGACAGCAUUUGAGAGCUUGCAGCUGCAGUUGGUCCAGAAAACCCCGGAGUUCUACGUUAUGGGACUCUUCAAAAUGGAACGUUCUCGACUGAUGGCGAUAGGGAACUCGGUCAUUACCUACUCCAUACUGCUGAUACAGUGGGAGCUGCAGAAUAAAUAA